UGAUUGGCAAUUGACCAACGAGAAACCUUUCUGCACGCCCAUUUCUCCGACGUGCAGUAGCUGUCUCUAAAACGUGAAGAAAUGUAGUCACAGCUAGCGCCAUCACACAGCUUUGAAUCUUCUGAGCUUCUCCUCCAAACGCAGGAAUUCACCUACAGUUCAGCUCCUCCCACAACAGUUUAUGAAAGAAAGUCAAAAACAUGACUGAUCCAGAAGCCUGCAGAAUGAAACAGGAAGAUACUGAACAACAAAUAGACCUGUUUGAAGAGAACAAGGAGGUUGAAGAUCUGAUUGAAGAGGAGGAGAACCAUCAUGUCAAAACUGAGGAAACCUCCUGGAGUUGCUCAUUAAAAAGAGGAGACAAAAUAUGGCCUCAGUGUGGAAAGAGUCUCUCUUGCAAGCAAAAUUUUGAUAUUGACACAAAAUGUAGUCUUAAACGGAAGCUGAAACACAUAAAUAUCCAUGCUGAGGAGAAGCCGUACACAUGCAGUCAAUGUGGAAAGAGUUUCAGACUAAAAGCUACCCUUAAUGAACACAUGACGAGGCACACUGGAGAAAAGCCGUACACAUGUGAUCAGUGUGGGAAGAGUUUCAAACAAAAAGGAUACCUUGAUGCACACCUAAAAACCCACACUGGAGAGAAGCCGUACACCUGUGAUCAGUGUGGGAAGAGUUUCACACAAAAAGGAGCCCUUAAUGUACACAUGAGGAUCCACACUGGAGAGAAGCCACACACAUGUGAUCAGUGUGGAAAGAGUUUCAGACUUAAGCAACCCCUUAACGAUCACAUGAGGAUCCACACUGGAGAGAAGCCACACACAUGUGAUCAGUGUGGGAAGAGCUUCAGACUAAAAGAAAUGCUUAAUCAACACAUGGAUAUCCACACUGGACACAAGCAAAUCCACACAUGUGAUCAAUGUGGAAAGAAUUUCAGACAAAAAAGUAACCUUAUCAAACACAUGAAAAGACACACUGGAGAGAAGCAACACACAUGUGAUCAGUGCGGGAAGGGUUUCUUAGACAAAGGAAACCUUAAAGACCACAUGAAUAUCCACACUGGAGAGAAGCCACACAAAUGUGAUCAGUGUGGCAGGAGUUUCGCACAUAAAGGAAACCUUUUCAAACACAUAAAAAGACACACUGGGAAGAGGCCACACACAUGUGAUCAAUGUGGGAAGAGUUUUGCAGAAAAGGGAACCCUUAAUGAACACAUGAGGAUCCACACUGGAGAGAAGCCAUACACAUGUGAUCAGUGUGGGAGGAGUUUCACACAAAGAGGAACCCUUAUUGCACACAAGAAAACCCACAGUGGAGAGAAGUCAUAUACCUGUGAUCAAUGUGGUAGGAGUUUCACACAAAGAGGAACCCUUAUUGCACACAAGAAAACCCACAGUGGAGAGAAGUCAUAUACAUGUAAUCAGUGUGGGAAAAAUUUCAAACGAAAAGAUAGACUUCAUGAUCACAUGAAAAUCCACAAUGGAGAGAGGGCAUAUACAUGUGAUCAGUGUGGGAAGAAUUUCAAACGAAAAGAUAGGCUUCAUGAUCACAUGAGGAUCCACACUGGAGAGAAGCCGUACACAUGUGAUCAGUGUGGGAGGAGUUUCACACAGAGAGGAACCCUUGUUGCACACAAGAAAACCCACACUGGAGAGAAGUCAUACACAUGUGAUCAGUGUGGAAGGAGUUUCACACAAAGAGGAACACUUAUUGCACACAAGAAAACCCACAGUGGAGAGAAGUCAUAUACAUGUGAUCAGUGUGGGAAGAAUUUCAAACGAAAAGAAAGCCUUCAUGAUCACAUGAGGAUCCACACUGGAGAGAAGCCGUACACAUGUGAUCAGUGUGGGAUGAGUUUCAUACGAAGAGUAACCCUUUACAAACACAAGAAAACCCACAGUGGAGAGAAGCCGUACACAUGUGAUCAGUGUGGGAGGAGUUUCAGACAAAGAGGAAACCUUAUUGCACACAAGAAAACCCACAGUGGAGAGAAGCCAUAUACAUGUGAUCAGUGUGGGAAGAAUUUCAAACGAAAAGAAAGCCUUCAUGAUCACAUGAAAACCCACACUGGAGAGAAGCCGUACACAUGUGAUCAGUGUGGGAGGAGUUUCAUACGAAGAGUAACCCUUUACAAACACAAGAAAACCCACACUGGAGAGAAGCCGUACACAUGUGAUCAGUGUGGGAGGAGUUUCACACAAAGAGGAACCCUUAUUGCACACAAGAAAACCCACAGCGGAGAGAAGUCAUAUACAUGUGAUCAGUGUGGGAAGAAUUUCAAACAAAAAGAAAGCCUUCAUGAUCACAUGAGGAUCCACACUGGAGAGAAGCCUUACACAUGUGAUCAGUGUGGGAGGAGUUUCAUACGAAGAAUAACCCUUUACAAACACAAGAAAACCCACACUGGAGAGAAGCCGUACACAUGUGAUCAGUGUGGGAGGAGUUUCACACAAAGAGGAAACCUUAUUGCACACAAGAAAACCCACAGUAGAGAGAAGCCAUAUACAUGUGAUCAGUGUGGGAAGAAUUUCAAACGAAAAGAAAGCCUUCAUGAUCACAUGAGGCUCCACACUGGAGAAAAGCCUUACACAUGUGAUCAGUGUGGGAGGAGUUUCAUACGAAGAGUAACCCCUUUACAAACACAAGAAAACCCACACUGGAGUGAAACAGCACCAGACAGUUCACACUACAGAAACACCUUACAAGUGCUCACACUGUGACAAGAGAUUCAAACGCUCAACGCAUCUUCAAAUACACGAGAGGAUCCACACUGAAGAGAAGCCGUAUCACUGCCAUUCAUGUGGGAAGAGAUUCACUCAAUUAUAUUCUUUAAUCUGUCAUAAAUUACAUGUGU